AUCCCUUGAUGCCUACAAAACUCAAGUUGGUAGAGUUCAUCGCUUCAAAGCUUAACAAAUUUCUGAGAGGCUUUCAAACGGAUCAACCAAUGGUUCCAUUCCUAUGUGAUGUCCUUAAGGAUCUUCUUACUUCAAUUAUGAAAAUGUUUAUUCUAACAGAUACCAUCAAAAAGGCUGAUACAACAAUGAAACUUUUAAAGAUCGAUGUCUCGGAUAAGAACAUACAUAAGCCCUCUGAAACGAUUGAUGUUGGUAUGGGUGCACAACUCCACAUCUCACAAUUUCGGAGAAGCGGUGAUUUUAAAGGAAGUUCCUUUCGAAACUUUCAUCAAGAAACUGUUCUGUUCUUAUCCAGUGUGACCAGUCACAUGAUAGAGAAAUGCCCCCUGAAACACAUGAUCAUUCGAUGCUGCAGUUCAAUCAAUCCCAACAGGCUGGCCAUUAGGGAUGAAAGAGAAGUUUUAAAGUUAAGAUUUUCCAAGAUGUUAGAAAAGCUAACUUUUUUAGGGCAAGUCACCCCUAAAGUUGCUGAAGAUGCUAAAGAACAGUUCUCAAAGCUCAUUGAUGAUGUUGUACCUGAACACCAGGAAAAGUUUCUCUCAUUUGAAAAGUUUGAUCAAAGGCUAGAUACAUUCUUUGCCCAGUUUCUAAAAACAAAAGGUUUUGAGUCUUUAUGGAGUAUUUUUAAGCUCGUAUUCUGCCUGAGUCACGGACAAUCUGCUAUUGAACGAGGCUUCAAAGCAAAUAAAGAAUUCAUUAAAGAGAACCAGUCAGAAUGUUCGCUGAAAUCAUUAAGAAUUCUGCACGAUCACAUGAUUGCAAAAGAAGUGCGAGCACACAACAUUCCAAUUACAAGGGAAUUAGUUAAGUCUGUCAAGUGUGCAAGAUCGCGUUAUGUUGAAAUUAAUAAUGAAAAGAAGAAGUUAAAAGUGGAUUCUGGAAAAGCAUUGAAACGAAAGGUUAUUUCAACUGAAAUUGAAGAAGUGCAAAGGAAAAAACAAUUCCUCCAAACCAGUAUAAACACUCUCAUUAAAGAUGCUGAUGAAUUGGCAUUGAAAGCACACACAAAUGCUGACUUUCAAAUCCUUGGACGAUCAAACGAUUUACGAAUGUUAGCCAACACCAAGAAGGAACAAUUUGACAAGUUGGUUCAGAUGGAGCAAGCAUUAAUACUUCGAAAGGAUUCCAUUGUUUGAUUGGAAAAGUAUUUUGUAGUCUUAUG